GGAGUGAAAAAGCCCGUGUGGUGUAGAGAGUGAAGAUGGCGGACGUGUUGAGCGUGUUGCGACAGUACAACAUCCAGAAAAAGGAGAUCAUCGCCAAAGGAGACGAAGUGAUUUUCGGGGAGUUUUCGUGGCCCAAAAACGUCAAAACCAACUAUGUGAUCUGGGGGACAGGAAAAGAAGGCCAGCCUAAGGAGUACUACACCCUCGACUCCAUUCUCUUCCUCCUCAACAAUGUGCAUCUUCCUCACCCGUCCUACGUGCGCAGAGCUGCGACAGAGAACAUACCUGUGGUCAGAAGACCUGACAGAAAGGACCUGCUGUCGUAUCUCAAUGGAGAAAGCUCGUCAUCAACAAGUAUUGACAGAAGUGCGCCCAUUGAAAUCGGUCUUCAGAGGGCGACACAAGUCAAAAGGGCUGCUGAUGAAGUCGCCUCAGAAGCGAAAAAGCCACGGAUUGAGGAUGAAGAACGAGUGCGUCUGGAUAAGGAGCGUCUGGCUGCCCGUCUGGAAGGCCAUAAGGAAGGAAUCGUGCAGACGGACCAGAUCCGGUCGCUCUCAGAGGCCAUGUCUGUGGAGAAGAUCGCUGCCAUCAAAGCCAAAAUUAUGGCCAAAAAGCGUUCCACCAUCAAGACAGACCUGGAUGAUGACAUCACCCUGAAGCAGAGGAGCUUUGUGGACGCCGAAGUGGACGUGACGAGAGAUAUCGUCAGCAGAGAGCGGGUGUGGAGGACGAGGACCACUAUUCUACAGAGCAGUGGGAAGAACUUCUCCAAAAACAUCUUUGCCAUCCUGCAGUCGGUAAAGGCCAGAGAAGAGGGCCGUGCCCCAGAACAGAGACCAGCACAGAAUCCAACUCAGACGGACCCUUCAAUUAGGAAUAAACAGCCGGUCCCAGCUGCCUACAACAGAUACGAUCAGGAGCGAUUCAAAGGGAAAGAGGAGACGGAGGGAUUCAAAAUCGACACAAUGGGAACCUACCACGGCAUGACUCUGAAGUCUGUGACGGAAGGAGCAUCAGCGCGGAAGGCUCAGACUCCUGCUAUGCAGCCUGUUCCCAGACCAGUCUCUCAAGCAAGACCUCCACCAAACCAAAAGAAAGGUUCAAGAACCCCCAUCAUCAUCAUACCAGCUGCCACCACUUCCCUUAUCACCAUGCUCAACGCCAAGGACCUCUUGCAGGACCUGAAGUUUGUGACGUCUGAGGAGAAGAAGAAACAAGGCAUCCAGAGGGACAAUGAGGUACUGCUGCAGAGGCGUAAAGACCUGGUGCAGCCAGGAGGGUCCACCAUCAGCGUCACCGUUCCUUACAGGGUGAUCGACCAGCCUCUGAAACUGGCACCACAAGACUGGGACCGCGUCGUAGCCGUCUUUGUCCAGGGUCCUGCCUGGCAGUUCAAGGGAUGGCCAUGGUUACUGCCUGACGGAUCCCCCGUGGACAUUUUUGCAAAGAUCAGAGCCUUCCAUCUGAAGUACGACGAAGUGCGCAUGGACCCCAACGUGCAGAAGUGGGACGUCACUGUGCUUGAACUGAGCCACCACAAGCGGCAUCUGGACCGACCCGUCUUCCUGCGCUUCUGGGAGACACUGGACAAGUACAUGGUGAAGCACAAGUCCCACCUUCGUUUCUGAGCCUUGUUGCUGUAACCGUUGUUUUCUCUACCAUGGACAGCUACCAGCCUGUGAAUUCGCCUCAACUCGGCCAGCGGUGGACUGUUGUUCACUGUUCACUUCGCUCCCGCUUCACGACUGCCGUUUGUAACAUCUCUCAACAUAGCUUCAGCUUAUUCCCUGUUUUUUUUUUUUUUUUUGUUUGUUUGUUUUUUUUCUCUCAAUUUUGUUUUUGUUUUUUGAGGGAAAUAGUUUUCUUUUUUAUAUAGUAUGAAAAAUGUUUUACUGUUACCUAAUAAGAGAAGACAGUGGCGGUGUCAUUGUAAACUGUGUAAAGUUCUGUCGUGUGGGGAUGUCGAGAGGCUUUCGGCUUUCGUUCAUCCUGAAUGAUGCCGUUUUCGGGUUGUUCGCAAUCUUUGACUGGAUGGAGACUGUAAAGCAAUAACCCUCUCCAGCUGCGUGUUGGCAUCGGCUCUGAUCGUCGGCUCUCUGCCUCGAGGGUUGAUUUUUGUAUAAAUAAAUAGACUUAUGACCUGUCGUCUGGUUUUGAACAUGCGUGGUGUAGCGUGGGUUAUAGUAAACAAUGACCGAUCGCCUCGGGGCUCCUCCUUCAGCGGGUCUUGGCGGUGAGUUUGGAAGAAGCCCCUGUUUACACCUGGUCCAUUUCAUGUACCAAAACAUAUCUGGAUAGAGCUCAUCCACGUAGUGGUUCUCAAAAGGUUCUUAAAUCCACUGGUUCUCAAAAAGGUUCACAGGGACCUUUUCCUCAUCCUUAUAAGACACUCAUUUGUUCUCAUUAAAAAAAGCGAAAAAUGUAAGAACUGUGAAAUUAGGGUUUAAAAAGCCAUAAAACUUUAAAAGUGAGAGGAACUUCAGAAAUCUUCUGCUGAGCCAUGUAGAGCUCAGGUUGAUCUGUUAAAUUGAGCAUUCAUUUAUCUGUGUGAUGCUUUUGAAAUAUUUUGGGGCAGUUUUGUGAGAAAUGCACUCAUCUUGACCAACAAAAGCCCUCAUAGCUCUGUGGCCGUGCCUCCCUCUGCUGUUCUGCAUACACAAACGUGUCCGUGUCGGCACUAAGCUGCCGCAGGAUUGGGGUUUUAAAGGCAGCAGCCGUCUUUUGAACAGUGCGGGUUUGGUUGUUGCGUAUGAGCCGAUUUGUGUGUUGCUUGCCAUACAGCAGACUUCAGUCUCACUAAGCGGGGAGACAAUGUAGGGCCCAGUAUAAGAUUUGAUCGGCCCAAUAGUUUCUGAAUCACUUUGAUAUAUGGUGUUCUUUGGAGGCUACCAAGUGCUGGAUAAAAAUAACCUUUCAGGCUUGAUUUAAAUGUUUUGUUUAUGCAAAAAGCACAAAAAAUAUUUGUCAUGUAAAAAUACAUUUGUGUAAAUGUCUUUUGUCUAAUGAAUUUUUGCAGUUAAAAAAGCAACCCCCCCCACCCCCAACCAGACUGAAGACCACUAAUUCUGACCAUUUCCCGGCCAGUUUUUGUGGCCAAAAAAAUAAAAUGGGUACUUGCGGUUAA